AUGCCAGAAGCAGCCAGCUUAUUCUUUAGUCGUGGACGCCAUUACUUCGUGUUGGGGGCAUCCAGUAAGGAGGACAAAUUCGGUCAUAAAGUCCUCCAUUGGUAUAUUGAGCAAGAAUUACCAGCAACUCCGAUCAAUCCCAAUGCGACCUCAAAGAUAUGCGGGUUACCCCCUGCUGAUUCAUUAGUUUCAGCAUUGACCUCAUUUAGUGACUCGCAGCAUUCUAGCAUAUCGCUUUCAGUUGUUACCCCACCAGAUAUUUCUUACCAAGAGAUUAAGAAAGCAGCUGAUAGCAACAAGAUAUUUAAAAUAAAGAGCAUAUGGUUUCAACCGGGUUCAUACGAUGAUAAAGUUAUCGAUUUAUGUAAUAGUUUGGGAUACAGUGAAGAUAACAAAAAUCUUAUAUAUAAGGGGGCGUGCAUUUUAAAAUCAGGAGUGAAAGCAAGAGGCUAA